AUGGCUUAUACAAUCAAGGAAACGACAAGAGUAUUCUUCUUUGAUCUUGCGCGUUCUCGAAAACUUUACCUCCAAUACGACUUCGUGGAAGAACUGAAAGACCGUGAAGUCAUUAGCCCCAAGUAUCACACUCGUCUCGUUCAGUUGUGCACCACUCCGCAUAUUGUCGUCCUCAUGAACCACUACCCUGAUAUAACCCGCCUGUCUGCUGACAGAUACGUCAUUUAUAAAAUUUGCGAUGAGAAUCCGAAUUUUGAUCCCGUUGGGGUUUCUAUUGAAGAACAGGCUGCGGCGGAACUUCAAAUGGCGAACCACCGUGAAGAACAAGAACAACAGCAUCGUGAAUAUAGUUAG